UUCGGUGAUACAGUUGCACAGUAGCACUUCAAAAGGCUAAGUAUUGCUUAGAAGUAACCCGAGCCCAUCCAAAGUCCUACUCGAAAUGGACUGUAUUUUCCAGUACACACAAAGUUGAGAGUUCCCCGAAAACGUGCCUCUGUGGGCGGCCCAGUGUGACAUGGCACCAGGUUCUUUACAGGUGAGGACGCUCUCUGAAACAGUCGAGAAAAGGAGUCAAACAAAAUUGGCCAACGAUUGAAAAGAGGAUGGUUUGACCAUGUGCAAUCUGAUACAGUCGGUUGGUGCUAAGCUCCCAUUCUGUGACAGAUGAGUAGCCUGUGUGAACGUCACAGGACAGUAGGAACUCUAUCCAACUGCCGCUGAGUCCGUAUGAAGCCACACGACAGCCCGUUGCAGCAGAGGCAACAGCAGGAGCUCCAUGUUCCCCAUCAAUGGAGAAGAGUGUGAUCAAAUUCAGCCACUGCCACAAGGACAUCUUCUGCCUGUUCGUCCCAGAAGAGUGCCCUGAAUGUGGCAUCAGCUUCAGCGGCAGGAGGCUGGAGGAGGCUCCUAUCAGCAUAACUAACCCCUUCUCCAACGGACACAAAACCCCCUGCUCCUUCCUUGUGGCGCCCGCCCAGGAAAACCCAUCCAGCAACUUUGAUGGAGGGUCAGAUUUGCACACGGGGAUCACUGAUACCAAUGGUGUGGUCUACAACUACACGAAGACGGGGGUUCGAAAAGAUUGCCAAGGAUGGGAGAAGUGCCUCAGCAUUCCUCUGGUCCAGCCUGACAUGUACAACCUCAUUGACCAGUGGAACCAGUACCUUGACAAGUUCUCCCAGGCACCGAUGUGGGAUACACUAUGGCAAACGUUUGAUGAAGAAACCCACAACUGCUAUAACUACACUCUGAUGUUUCUAAACUGCGUACUGGGCACUCAGGGAAAACGUCCACUCACAAAGGACGCGUUCACGCAGAGCUUUGUGUUGCCUAGGAUAAAAAGGGCAUCAAAGUACACUACUCUGUGUCGGGAAAUCACCAAGAACCAUUUCUACAUAGUAGACAGACCCCGGAAAGAAACAGAUGAAGAUUAUACUGAGGAAGAGAAAGAUAGGAAAACGAAGACAUAAAGGACAAAUCCAUGCUGUUAAAUAGCAGUGCUGUUUACGUAUCUAUAUUGUCAUUGUGUGAAACGAUUUGUCUGCGAUUAUAGUUUGGAUGGAAAAACAUGUGAGCUGUUUGGAUGGCCUUUCAUUA